AUGGGUGGUACUAUAUCAGAUAUAGUUAAAGUUGUUGAUGAUGCUGUUAAACAAAUAAUAUUACAAAUAGAUCCAUCAAUAAUCAAAUUUAAAAAUACAACAUUAACAAUUCUUGACAAUAUUGAAUCAAGAUUUCAUGCUAAUAGUUCUCAAGCAUUAUCAUCCUUACGUCAAAAUCUUCUUGUUUGGCUAUUUUUAACAUUAAUUUUUUCAAUUCUUGUGUUAAUUUUAAUACGUUAUUUAAUUGAUAUAUUACAUAAAUUAAAAUUUGGUGUUUUAACUCGUCAAUAUUCAACAUUAUUAGUGUUAACAAUAAUUAUCUUUUGGGUUUUUUUAUCUUCAAUAUUUGGAGUUUUCAUAGUUGAAGAUAUUGAUUGGUCAACAUUAAAAAUAAUUGUAUUCAGUUUACUUUUUGUAUUUAUUAUAUUAUUAAUAUUAAUUUGGUUUCGUUUUCUUUUAAUUUAUCAAAGAAGAAUUCGAAAAAAAUUAAAAAUAUUUUUUUGUCAAUGGAAUUUAUUAAAAGAAAAAAAUAAUCGUUUACAACAAUCAACUAUGACUUUACAUAUGUUGGCUCUUAAAACAAAAACACUUAAUGAUCAUAUUGAUCAAAUUUUAAUAUAA